AUCGUUACGGUUGAUCUAUUUGGACUAUAGGUGAAUUAUGCCUUGUUUAUGUAGUUUAGAAUGUGAAAAACAUGAUUUGGGUUAGAAUGAUUGAGGAAUGGUUAGAUAAUGUUGGAUUGAUGGUUUAUGAUCUAUUAUGCUUGUAUUUACUCGAACUAAUGUUGUUUGAUGGACGAAAACGGAGCUGGUGCAAGUCUGGUGUUCGCUGCGACAGACGGUAGGGGGGUACCAUUAACACGGUACCUGGCUACCGCCAGCCUCCCCGGUUUUGUCUCUCUCUAUACCUGUCAUAAGACGGCACCCAGGUGCCGGAUGGGCGGUAGGCCCUACCGUCUGGCCGGUAGAGGCUACGGUGACAGUUUACCGGAGGGGACUCCUGCUGACACGGUCGGUACUUCCGUACCGUGGGGACGGUACCCUGGUACUGUGGGGCCGGUAGCCCCUACCGCCAAGGGUACCGUGAGGUACCUGAACCGGUCUGCAUCUGUUGGUUGCGUCGAGGAUGGAUUCCGAGACUUUGUGUGUUGCAUGAUGUUUAGAAUGAGUAACGCAUCGACGCAUGCUCAUGACAACACCCAACACCUGGGUGACGACCACAACGAUGCCGAGACGGAGGCAUCUAGCUUCAUGCCUCAGCAGAAUGCUAGGCAGCCCAAUGUGCCACUGAACGCGGGAGAUAAUCAGAAUUUCAUGACCCAAUUCCUACAGCAGAUGGCCAACACGCUAAUGUUUCAGCACCCUCAGCCGCCGCAGCGACACAUCACCUUCAAAAAUCUAAAGGAUAACAGAGCAGAGGAGUUCCUUGGGGACAGGGUGGCCGAACCCCAAGUGGCUCUUGAUUGGAUUGAGCAGGUGACUAGGCUGCUCAACGAUCUGGAUGUUCCCGUUGCAGAUCAUCCAAAGUUGGCAUCUCAGUUACUCCGCAAGGGAGCAUAUGAAUGGCGGAAAUGCACUGACAAGUUUAGGAAGAGGUUGCGCCCUAAUGUGCGACCUUAUGUUUCUACCGUGGUCACCACUGACUUCUCUAAGGCGUAUGAUCUAAUGGCUAAGGCGGUGAAAGACGUGGACGAUCUGAAGGCAAGCAUGGAUGCUGGAGGGGCAGGUUCUAGCCAGCGACCCAGUACCAGCGCGCCGCCGAGCGGGAAGAGAUCCUUUGGAGGAUCUACGUUGUCGUACAUAUGUGUUCCUAUGCCUGAGAAAUCUGAUAUCCAAAGAGGCGAUCUGGAAUACCCUAUGGUAGUAUCAAACCCGUUAGGGCAUAGCAUGCGACUCCAUCACUUUUACCGCAACUGUCUGCUGAUGGCCCAAGAACACCGGUUGUCCGCGAAUCUGAUUGAGCUACCAUACAAGAAAUUUGAUAUUAUCCUUGGUAUGGAUUGGUUGACCGAGCGUCAAGCGAUAAUCGACUGUGGUUUGCGCACUGUACGACCGAAGACUGACGAUGGUGAUGUGGUAGAAGUUAAGGGGGAGCUGUUCCCCAAGCCUCUAGAAUUUAUGUCUUAUAUGCAAGCAAAGCGGCUGAUCCGGAAGAAAUGCGAAGCAUUCUUGUGCCACGUUCGCGAUACCAGAAAGGAGACCCCCAAGCAGAAGGAUAUCCCUACACCGACGCAGGAUAGUGAGAUCCGCACGGCCCAGAUUACGGAUGACUUUUGUGUGAAGACUCAUCCGUCACAUGUCUUACCUGAGCGAGCAGUCACCCUCGAUGAGAGUCUUACCUAUGAGGAAGAACCCGUACAGAUCUUGGCACGUGAAGUAAAGGAACUGAGGAACAAGACAGUUCCCUUGGUCAAGGUGCUUUGGGGAAACCACGCGGUGGAAGAAGCAACCUGGGAGACCGAGGAGUCCAUGAGAGCUCAGUAUCCUCAACUCUUUAGUGACCAAUGACUCAGGUAAAUUUCGAGGACGAAAAUCUUUUAAGGGGGAGAGAAAUGUAACGCCCCAAAACCCGGCCUAUCAAAAUUAAUUAGUUAGAAAUAAUUAAUUGGUUAUUGAGACGGACUCAGUGGAAAUUAUGAAUACUCUUCGUUUGACAAUAAAGAUUAUACCGUUGU